CUUUGGAUUCGUUGGCAUAACAACAAGCUGCGUAAUUUUGAAAAUGGACAAGCCGACAACUAUUAAAGAAGCGAUUAAAAAAUGGGAGGAAAAAACAGGACAGAAAGCAUCGGAAGCAACAGAAGUAAAACUUUAUGGACAGUAUCCCCCAACAGAAAAAAUGGAUGCUUCACUCUCCACUUUGACUAUGUGCGAAAAACUAUCACUUUCAACCAACUGUAUAGAAAAAAUUUCGAAUUUAAAUGGACUAAAAAACUUGAAAAUACUCUCUCUAGCAAGAAAUAACAUUAAAAAUCUAACGGGACUUGAACCAGUUGGAGACACGCUUGAGCAACUGUGGAUUUCCUACAACAAUAUUGAAAAGAUGAAGGGAAUUAACGUACUUAGAAAACUAAAAGUACUAUAUAUGUCAAACAACUUCGUGAAAGAUUGGAGUGAAUUUCAGAAACUAGCUGAUCUUCCAGUUCUUGAGGAUCUUCUCUUCGUUGGCAACCCAUUAGAGGAGAACAGUGGUGACAAAUGGAGAGAGGAAGCGUGUAAAAGGCUUCCCAAACUUAAAAAGCUGGAUGUUGGUAUGGCAAUGUGAAUGGAUGCAUAUUUAUCUCAAACUUUAGAUUAAUUGUCGCGAAGUAACUUAUACCCUUACGUUCCCUAGUUACCAGUUAAUUUCUCUUGGAUUACAUUGAAAACUAAUUACAGUAUCAUGAAUUUUCUUCUAUACUGUCUAACUAGAAAACAGGUGAUUGAACUCGCCAAAUUUAACUCAUGACAUUUGUGGCUGCUAAUCCUUAAUGUGACCCUUAUUCACAUCAGUUUAUUUGUGUGUUUGUUGUGUUCCUAACAGCAUUCAUCCAAUUAGUUUAAUUUAGAAACAAAGAAUAAUACUAUAAUGAAAUAAAAAGCAAUUGAAACACGGUAAAUAUUAAAGUUUAGAUAGUAACACAUCAAUCUGUUUAAUUUCAGACCAGAUAAUGUAUUCAUUUAACAGUCUCUUCAACUACUGAUAAACAGCUUUAAACUAAUGAUAAAAAGUACUUAUUCAGCCCAUUGCUUUAAAUUUUUUUGUUUUUAUACUUUAGGUGUACCAGUACUGCAUGAUGAAGGAGAUGAUGAAGGAUAGAAGGAUAAAAGCGUUUCUUCUAUCGCCUUUAUUAAGAUGUGAUAAAUCAAGUGUAUUUUAGAAAGGAAGACAAAACUAAUUUUACUAACAUAAUUGAAUAUUGUAUAAUCAAUCAAUAUUUUUAAUGGAAGAGAUUUUGCUUCUUUACAAGUUAAUUUUGGAUACAUAAGUCAUUUGUUUUGAUGAAGAAUAUAACUGAAGAGAACUAAAA